ACAAUCAUUGCAGGUACAUGAAAUAGAGAUCUGAAACACUCUGUGUGAUGAACCUAGAUAAUAUACGAAUUUCACUUUCUGACGUCAGAGACAAAAUGACUGAACUUUUAUAGACGACGUGAUCUUUGAGCUGUAGCUGUGGCUUUAAGACGGAGGUGGGCAGCGCGUCGAUGACGCAGGAGUGUUAUCCUGAAAGGAUGCUUCAAAACUCCAGCCUGGAGCCAGCGCGUGCGACUGAGCUGGACAUCCACGAGCCUGUCGGGACCAGAUGGUUCUGGAGGACUCAUAAUAAAACACGUGUUUUGGAACAUUUGUAAGUUUAAGAGGGAAAGCCAGGGAAGCUGCGGGAGGAGCUGAGAACUUGUGUCUUACAUUAGAACAGCUCCAGGAUCCGUUUUAUCCGCGGCGAGACGCUCAAACGCAUCAUGCAACAUUUCACUGAGCUGUGCGUUUUGUUUCUGAUGAUCCUCACACCAGUUCUGUCCAACAAGCCCACAGGGGACGUAGAUGUUUUGGUGUUUUUACCUCAAAACAACUCUUUCAUGUUCUCACAAGCUAGAGUUGCGCCAGCGAUCCGUUACGCACAGGAGCGUCUGGAGGCGGAAUUCGGGCUCCGCUUCAGAGUUCACUUUGAGAACACAGAUCCUGCCAACCAGGCGCUGUUCGCGCUGGCGGACCGCUCGUGUGGCCCCAGACCAGACCUGAUCCUCGGCCCCGUGCGUGAGUACGAGGCAGCGGGGGUGGUGCGGCUGGCGUCCCACUGGAACAUCCCGGUCAUCUCGGCAGGUGCCCUGGCCAUCGCCUUCAGGAACAAGAGGAGCGAAUACACCCAGCUGACGCGCAUCGCGCCCUCAUACAUGAAGAUGGCAGAGACCUUCGCCGUCGUGUUCGAGCACUUCGCCUGGAAGAGCGCGCUGCUGCUGAUGGAGGACGACAUGACGGAGAGGGACUGCUACUUCACCCUGGAGGCGGUCUUCCACCUGAUGGACGACUAUACCGUUAAAACCUACUCGUUCCCUCCAGAGGAACCUCUUAGAACGGACGAGAUGUUCCAGGACAUCCAUGACACUGAAGUGGUGAUCAUGUGUGCUGGAGCUGACCGGGUUCGAGAGAUCAUGCUAGCAGCACACAAACGACAGCUGACCAAUGGAAGCUGUAUGUUUUUUAAUGUUGAUCUCUUCAAUGCUUCUUCUUAUGGCAACGGUUCGUGGCAGAGAGGAGAUGAGUAUGAUGAUGAUGCGAGAAAGGCUUACUCUUCCCUGAACACAGUGACGCUGCUGAAGACGGUCAAGCCGGAGUACGAGAACUUUUCCGUGGAGAUGAGGAAGUCCAUGGAGAGAGUCGGGCUGUAUGACUGCUCUGAUUGUGGAAAUGUGAACAUGUUCCUUGAGGGGUUUCAUGACGCCAUGUUGCUGUACGCCAUUGCUCUACACGAGGCCUUGAAGAACGGAUACAACAAGAAGAAUGGGACAGAAAUCACCUCACACAUGUGGAACAGAACCUUUGAAGGGAUUGCUGGACAAGUAUCCAUAGAUGUUAAUGGUGACAGAAAUGGAGAUUUCUCUUUGAUGGCCAUGACCAAUGUGGAAGCAGGUAGCUAUGAGGUUGUAGCAAACUACUUUGGUGUAAACAAAACUUUUCAGCUGCUGUCAGCUUUCGACAGCAGACGUUUUACUGUUAAAGGGAGACAGGAAGUGAACCAAGAACUGCCACAAACAUCAUGUGAACUGGGAGUUUCAGCUUUGACUGGAGUGACAGUUGGAGCCCUCCUCGGAGCCGUGAUGCUCGUAGCGUUCUACUUCUUUAGAAAAAACUACAGAAUCACCAUCCAGCGCCGCUCCCGUGCUGACGAGCCUUACUGCGGAAAGCACCACCAGCUCCGGGAGGACUCCAUCAAAUCUCACUUCUCAGCAGCGUAACAAGCAGCUUCACAACAAACAACUCCUGUGUGAAUGAAGCCAAACUCUACUCUAAUUUUUACGAUGAAUUGAAAAUCCAUGUGUGUUAUUUUUUACUCUAUAAUAUUCAAGUACACUUUUAACAAGAAUCACAAGACAGAUAUUUAUUGAUUUUCUGCAUUAUUAUGAAUUAUUUGUCAUAAUUGUUCUAUGGUCCAUACAGUAAAUGUUUUUGAAGUCCUCUGCACCAAAUCCCUUUCCCAUAAAGCAUCUCAGCAGUUUGAGCCAGAAUGAGCCAUCUCAGAGCUGUUGCUGGCCACGCCCACUCAUCCCUUGAUAGGGUGGGUGUGGGAAUUACAGUCACAUUCCAGGUUCUAUGUCACUUCCAUCUGACUUAAACAGAUAAAUCACAUGGUUCUGUCCUACAUGUACACGCAAACACACACACACACUUAAACACAUGCAAACCUCGACACCACACUGGCUCCAGAAUAAACAGACAUUCCCAGGUCAGCUGAGAAACUUAGUCCGUGCUAUGCCUGGGUCAAAAAUGUCUGAUCCAACUAUUAUUUACCUAACACUCCACAGGUGAGAGUGGUUCUCUGCUAGUUUCCCUUAUUUUGACGUUCCAAUUGACGACAGUUCUUAUAUUAUUACUGAUUAACCAAUCACGUUUCGAGUUAGACAGUGCAGCACAACAGGAUUCACAAGGUCUAUUUUCAAGGUAAUUUCUCUUUCUGGUUUUUGUUCUUUCCCCACAUCCUGACCUUUUUGCAUCCUUCCUUCGAGUGCUGUUAAUUCCAUAACUAAAUAAAGUUCCUCUAGAUUGGAUAAUGUAUUGUUUUUAACUAUUUGUUUUCCAGCUGACUUAUUUAUAGGAACUCUUAAGUUAUUCUUAAAUUAUAUUUGUAAUAUAUGAAGAAACAUAUUUGCUAUUGGCAAAAAAAAAUACUGGGUUUCCUACCUAAACACAUGGAACCUCAGUUAUGAUGCAUAACUGUUUAAACCAGGGGUACCCAAUCCUGGCCCUGGAGGGCCGGUAUCCAGCAGGUUCUGUGGUUUCUCCCCUCCAACACACUUGUGAUUCAGAGGCUGAAUCACCUGUGCAGCAGCUCAUCAAGCUCUACAGAAGCCCGCUUCGAACCUGCUGAUUGAAAUCAGGUGUGUUGAAGCAGGGUUACAGUGAUCCCUCGCUACAUCGCGGUUCGUUUAUCGCGGAUUCACGACUUCACGGAUUUUUUCUUUGGAGCCUUAUUCAAGGGAAAUUUGCCGAUUCGCGGUAGUUUUCAUCAUCAUUUCUUUAAUAUUCUAACAUUUUAAUAUUAGUGCCUGUUUUAGAUUAAGUGUUCUGUACAUUAAAGGGUGGUUUCUUAACAGUACUAUGUAAAGGGAGGGUUUUAAAAGUCUGAAUACUGAAUACGUACCUGUUAAAUAAAUACUGUUCUGUACUGUAUAUAUGGAGUCCCUACUUCGUGGAUUUUCACCUAUCGCAUCCAGGUCUGGAACGCAUCUACCGCGAUAAACGAGGGACCACCUGGAAAACUAAAACCUGCUGGAUACCAGCCCUGCAGGACCAGGAUUGGGCACCCCUGGUUUAAACCAAUGAUUAUUGUUUGUGAGAUUCAGUGACAUCACAGAGAAGCUGGAGACAGCACUGGUGCUAGUUGAGUUCUGGUUCUGGUUCCACUGGCAGCUGAAAUGGGCUUCAGAACCACCAACCUGAAUAACACAAAAUUAUUUGGACAUAUAUCAUAACAACUUUGUGACAAAAUAUGAGGAACUAAAAAAAUGUAUGAUUGAAAUGUAUGUAAGCAUAUUUAUAAUUGUUUUUAACGUUUCUCUGAUUUUGUUGUAUCCUCUAUCAUUGAUUUCACUGCAUUUAUUUGUUUAUGUAUUUUGCCCUCUGUUUUCUGUCAUUGCCCACAUAUAUAUUUUUAUUGUCAUUUUGUUUUUUCCAGCAGACAGUGCUGUCUCUCCUGCUACUGCUCUGGCUAUGGGAUAUUAAACACUGAUGAUAACAAUAAUGCUUCUCUAGAUAAUGUGACCAGUUCCUGCUGAACCUAAAGCUUUGUUCGGACCACCCCACCCAGAUUACACAACUUGCUAUGACAGUACACAUGUAA